CCCAACAAGAAAGAGGUGCAGCAUGGCGAGUUGGAGAAGCUGAGUGUGUUGGAGCGAGAAUGGUGAAGCGGGUUAAGUGCACGGCGGUGAGGGUGUUGUUUGGGGCAGCUGGAUUAACUUGGGUAGCUCUGGUAAUUGAGAGCUAUGUAUUAGCACCUGCAUUGGAGGAUCCUGAGGAGCUGAUUUCACUCAUCAAAUCUCGUGACUUGUGCUGGAUAAAUGAGGAAUACGAUCCCUUGGAUGACUGCCAGAAAUGUUCAUAUGCUGAGAGAGCAUUCAUUGUACCAGCACUGUGUCAGCUGACAGGCUACAGGCAGAAAGUACAAUGCUAUUUUUCAGGAGAAGCAUAUCGUAGUGGGCUUCUCAAGUUUGAUAUCAAGUCAACAUGAUGCAGGAUAGUUUUUACCUGGAAGGCAGGAAAGAUGGUGAUGAGCUUUGGGUUCCUGGUGAAACUCUUGUAGCUUUGUUUGCUCUACAGUAUUGUUAUAACCCGGCAGUCAGUGUAGUGCUGGUGGAACAACAGAAACAUAUGUUUU